GAAGGUGAAAUCUGGCCAAAUUCUCAAGCUGAAAUCAAUAUUAUCUUCAAACCACAAAAUGCCCAGAGGUAUUAUUCCCUUACAGUAAAAUGACUUGAACGUUUUCCCACAGACAUGAACUUACCCAACAGGCUGGGAGAGCAAAGAAGAUGGUAAAAUUUUGUGUGUCAAGCAUGACAGUAAUAAUUUUGUUUGAGAAAAAAUUGCCUCAAACUUCAUCUUCCUUUAAACAGAUCAGAAAACAUUUAUUUCAUUAAGAUUAUGACAGAACGUGCAAGUAAUAGCCCUGUCACACACAAGCGUUCUGCUGUCCUUUUCUUUCUGCAGUCCUGUUGCGUAAACUCACUAUUAAUGUUUGUUGACACUGAAAAAGAAAAAAUGAGUUUCUGACCGGUAAUUAAAAAGCUUGAUAGUGGUUAUUACUGACAGCAGUAAUACACCUGUCCAUGUAGAAAAUGAGCAUAAAAGCCCCCACCCCCCACUCAGCUAGAUGUUCUCAGGGCAUUUGGCACAUGUUCCUCCCUAUAUCUGCUACAAACACACCACAAUCACUUGGAUAAGAAAUUAUUUUGUUUCCUUUUGACUAAGUGUCUGUUUUCAUGGCUAUUGUGAUCUACCUGCCUCUAGUUUGUAAAUUUUUUCCUGAAUCUUAACGGUUUUUUUGUUUUGCCCUUCAGUUAUGCACGGACUACAUACUGUGAUGUAACAGGCCGAGAGUCAAGGUUGCCAUUGAGGAUAAGAGGAGAUGGUGUGGGUCCCAGAGUGCAUUUCUCUUUGGAUACAUUGGACAUUGGAAAUGUGUUCAUAAACUCACAGCAUUCUUAUGAGGUGAAUAUUGAUAUUAUUGUACUGUUAUUAUGAGAAUAACUUUAUACAAGACAGGCUGGCUCUGUUAAGUUUAACCUUGGUAUUUGAUAAGCUGUGCCAAUGUGGCAUUUGCUUCACAAGCAAGGAAAGUCCCACCAUAGGUACAAGGCUGAAAGACCAUCUCUUGCAUGAUAGAAAAGUUGGUAAUGAAAUAUGUGCAUCUUUAGCUUGUCUGUAAAUAAAAUCUACAACAACCAUAAAAUUAAUAAUAUUAUUAUAUGAUAAACCAUUGUAAUGCUUCUUGGACUUUGCGUAGAUUUUCAUUUAUACACAACAUAUGGUUAUAACAAACUCUCCACAUAUUUUGUAUUUGGUUUAUAGCGAUCUUCUUAAUGGAUGUUGUAAUUUUUUGCAGGUCAUUUUGUGCAACAAGGGAGACAUAGAUGCUGUGUUUAGGCUUGUUCUACCUAAUACCCAAUUUGGACCCCAGUUUUCCUUCUAUCCAUCUCAAGGCAUUGUUAUCCCUGGGGGCUAUCAGGCCAUUCAGGUAAAACAUUUACUUUAAAGUUUGGUCCUCCAUAGUCAUUGUAAUGCAGAAAAAUGAACCCUUUUUUGUUUUUACCACAAGUGCUUCAGUUCCUCAGAUCGUAUUGAUUGGACCUAUUGUUGCCAUUUGAAACCUAAUUAUUAGGUUUCAAACUGAAGUUUUUUAGUUACUUUGAACAUUUGCUUACUGUUAACAGCAAACAGUAACAGGUAGAUGUAAAAUUUGCAAAUCUUUUCAUUGUUUAGGUGUGUUUCUGUUCUCCUAUACUUGGUGAUUUCAAUGAAGUUUUUCAGUUUGAGGUAGAAGGAUCACCAGAACAACUUGAGUUAAAAAUCCUGUAAGUAUGUUUACUAGCUUCAAAUUUCCACAAUACUUUUUCAGACUGUAAAUUCUCCCUUAUUUUUGUACAAAUUUGUCUUGGCAUGGCCUGAGGACGUUUCAAUAACAGUGGGGAUACAGUGUGAAAAUUAUGCUAAACGGGUUUUAUCUUUAGUGAUAGUUUUGCUCAACACACUACUCCUUUCUAAUGACUUAAUCUUGGUUUUAGAAGAAAUUGUUAUUGAUCACAGUCUGCACAUUGAAAAAUAAAAAUGGCUAACCCUUCAGCUUUUACUCUUUGUGGGGGCAUGAAAUUUAUUGAUGUAGCUCUAACUUGCAAUUCUGUGGUGGUCAUUGAAAUAACACCUCCACUAUGUUCGACAAAUAAAUUACCCUGGCUAAAUGUAUUAUUUAUUGUCCUUGCCUAAAUCAUGCUUUGUUGAUUUCUCUACUAGGGGAUCAGUGAUAGGUCCCACAUUCCACUUUAACAUACCAAAGCUUAAGUUUGGUGUAGUUUCUUAUGGUGAGUCUUAA